CAGGAGAAGAAAGAUCUGUGGUCAGAAGUUAACAGAAGGAAGUCAGUUUCCAGAGCACUUUCACCGUUGCAGUCUUUGCAAAGUCCUUGUGUUACUGGGGUUCCCUGGGUCCUUGUCUCCUCCUCCAGGAUGCUGAGGGCAGCCCUGUGUGCCAUCUUUCUCUUAGGCGCCCUGCCAUCAUUGGCCAAGGAGUCCCGAGGGCAUGUCUCAGUGGUCUUGCUGGGAGCCACAGGGGACCUGGCCAAGAAGUACUUGUGGGAGGGGCUGUUCCAUCUCUAUCUGGACCAGGUGAGCAGUGGCCACAGCUUCACUUUCCACGGGGCUGCACUGACGGCCCAUGAGCCAGGGCAGAGGCUGAUGUUUGAGGUGCUGAAGAAUCUGGCCUGCCCGUCAGACGUGUCCCCCGACAGGUGUGCUGUGGUCAAGGACCAAUUCCUCAAGCUGAGUCGGUAUCACCAGCUGAAGACAUCCGAGAACUACACUGCCCUGAACCGGGAGAUUGAGACCUUGCUCCAGCAGGAGGGACUGGGGGAAGCCGGCAGGAUCUUCUACUUCUCGGUACCGCCCUUUGCCUACGCAGAGAUAGCCCGCCACAUCAAUGGCAGCUGCAGGCCGCGCCCUGGAGCCUGGCUGCGGGUGGUGCUGGAGAAGCCUUUUGGCCAUGACCUCAAGUCCGCCCAGCAGCUGGCCAUCGAGCUGAGGACUUUCUUCCGGGAAGAGGAGAUGUACCGGGUGGAUCACUACCUUGGCAAACAGGCUGUGGCCCACAUCCUGCCUUUCCGAGACCAGAACCGACGGUUUCUGGACCCGAUCUGGAACCGGCACCAUGUGGAGAGAGUAGAGAUUGUCCUGAAGGAGACUCUGGAUGCUAAAGGCCGCACCAGCUUCUACGAGCAGUACGGUGUCAUCCGUGACGUCCUCCAGAACCACCUCACCGAGGUCUUGCUGUAUCUCGCCAUGGAGCUGCCGGCCAACAUCAGCAGCACUGAAGAUGUUCUCCGGCAUAAGCUGCAGACCUUCAAGUCGUUGCAGGGCCUGGAGAGCACCAGUGCGGUGCUGGGUCAAUACCAGGCCUACACCGGCCAGGUGCGGGAGGAGCUGCAGAAGGCACAGGACUACGUCAGCAUGACGCCGACCUUUGCAGGUGUGUUGAUUCAGCUAGACAGCCUGCGAUGGGAGGGAGUCCCCUUCCUCCUCACCUCUGGCAAAGCCCUGGACGAGCGGGUAGGCUACGUCCGUGUCCUCUUCAAGAACCGGGCCUACUGCAUCCAGCGCGAGAGCCUGAGGGAGGCGGGGCAGAGCCAAUGUGGACCCAAGCAGAUCAUCUUCUACAUCGGGCAUGGAGAGCUGAGCUGUCCUGCCGUGCUGAUCAGCCGGAACCUCUUCAAGCCCAUCAUGCCAGAAGGCAGCUGGAAGGAGGUGGUGGAUCGCCCGCAGCUGCGCCUUUUCGGGCUCCCGCUGUCGGAUUACUACGUGUACAGCCCGGUGAAGGAGAGAGAGGCUUAUUCUGUCCUCAUCUCCAGCAUCUUCCACGGCAGGAAGGACUCCUUCAUCACCACUGAGAAUCUGCUGGCAUCUUGGGAGUUCUGGACCCCACUGCUGGACAGCUUAACCCAGCAGGUCCCGCGCCUGUACCCGGGGGGCCUGGAGAACCAGCACCUCCUGGACUUUGAAAUGAUGGGCAGGGAGCUGUCCUUCACGCUGGAGGAGCCGGUGGAACUGCUGCACGCCGAUGGGCAAAUGCCGGGCGACUACAGAACCAUCCAGCCCAAGUUUCGGCAAAGCCCCUUGGUCUCAGCUUGGCCGGAGAAGCUGAUUGCCCAGUUGGCAACGGACAUUGAGACGGCGGCAGCCAAAGCUGUGACAUGCUGUGGCGAGUUCCACCUGGCCCUAUCAGGCGGCUCGAGCCCUAUCGUCCUGUUCCAGCAGCUGGCGACUCACCACUAUGGCUUCCCGUGGAGACACACCCACUUGUGGCUGGUGGACGAGCGCUGCGUGCCUCUCGCUGACCCAGAGUCCAACUUCCGCAGCUUGCACGACCACCUCCUCCAGCACGUCCGGUUGCCGUACCUCAACAUCCACCCCAUGCCGGUGCACCUGAACCGGCGGCUGUGUGUGGAGGAGGACCGGGGACCGGAGCUGUACGCCAAGGAGAUCGCAGAGCUAGUGACCAACGCCAGCUUGGACUUUGUGCUGCUGGGGCUGGGCUCCGACGGGCACACGGCCUCGCUCUUCCCGCAUUCAUCCAGCGGCCUCGAAGGGGCCCAGACGGUGGUGCUCACGGAGAGCCCCGUCAAACCCCACCAGAGGAUGAGCCUCAGCCUGCCUCUCAUCAACAAAGCCAGGCAGGUGGCUGUGCUGGUGAUGGGGAAGGGGAAGCAUGAAAUUACAACCCAGAUCAGUAGAGUGGGACAGGAGCCCAGAAAGUGGCCAAUUUCAGGGGUCAACCCCAGCUCUGGCCAGCUGGUGUGGUACAUGGAUUAUGACGCUUUGCUUGGAUGAUCUUUUGGUUUACCCUCCCCUCAUGCCUGUCCCAUUACCCCCCUGGAGCCUGGAUUUUCCAAUACUGCACACAGGCUCCUGUGUUUACAAUAACAGCUCCUGCUCAGAACCGUCCCUCUAACUUUGUGAAGAUCCACUGGCUGUAAUGGCUCUGUCAUCUAAGCCUAGAAAGGGGGGCGGCUUAGCACUCGGAGAUCAGCAUUGUAUUCCUGACUCUGCCCCUGACUGCUUCUAGGACCUUGGGCAGGUCACAUCGCUGCUCUGUGCCUCAGUUUCCCACACACACCAUGGGGUUAAUAAUACUUACCUACCUCGCAGGAGCCAUCCGAGACAGCUCUGAUUAAUUGCCUGCAGAGCUCGUCAAAUUCUCAGAGGAGAGGCGCAGAGAGAAGCUGACUGCUCAUGUUCACCUCUGAUCAGACAGACUGACAGAAACAUUUUCAUGGUGGCCAGAGGCCCAAUCACAGUCCCAUUCAGAUUGUGCUCUAGUCCCGUAUGUGCCAACCCUCUACUUCAGCAAAAUACUGACCGUUUUCCCCUCUUCCUCUGUGGAGCUCUCCUAGUCUAAUGGCUUCUGCUGCAGUUCCUGUUUUAGAGCUCUGGUGUAUUGGCAGGUCUGGGGCCUUGCUUGUAAGGGCGUGAUUGGGUACAGUCAUUGGGCACUGGAGUUUUCCAGACCUUUCCUGCUUGUCUUGUGCCAUCCACAGGGAUUUGUCUCAUAUUAACCUUUGUCAAUUGCACUGGCCCUGUUAUUGAUUCUGCCUCCUCCCCCUCUUUCCCCCGCCCGCCCCCAAACAAAGAGAAACAACCAGUCCCCUUCCCUACAUGGCUGUGUUUAUGCAGCCCUGGAAGCUGCAGACACCCAGGGACCAUCCCCUGUGUGACCGACGCCGCCCCCUCCCUGGCACUGAGCUGUGUGCUGAGGCUUUAGAAAUUGUCCUGGUGCACAGGUGUAGUUAUCAGUAGCAAUUGCUGCUCUUCCUGAGUGGGAAGCCAGCACCCCAGGGAGAUGGGAAAGGCAAGGGAUUUUUAGGCUUUCAGGAUUUUGGGGACUGGGCUGAGAGCAUCGUGGCUCAGCUCCUGUUAUUCUGGAGAUGGCGUUUGUCUGUGGCGUGAUGUUACCGUUGCAUGAAGCUCCCCUUGUCAGAGGAUUGGGGUGGAGGGCAGAGUUAGCUGCAGAUGGAAUUGGGUAUCCUUAAAUAUCCUGAGGUGCCUUUGUUAUACUCCCUGGGAAGAGCCCUCCUCCGCUCUCAUGGGCAAGCUGCGGCAUUGUUCAGCAGCUUAUGACAUCUCCCCGUGAGGCAGCUGUAUAGAGUACUAUGGUCUUCAGCAGUAAUGAUCCUGACACCCCAGCGCUAAUGGCAAGGAUACUGCUGCGACUGGGGCUGUUACUCCAGGGCACUGGCAUGCUGUUGAAGAAGAGGAGGGAGUUUUCUGUCUCCUGGGUGUUUUCUAGCCAGUCCACCAUCACCGCGUAGGGAGGACACGUCCUUUGAAAACAUUGGAGGGGGGUCAGAAGAGCAUAGACCAACUGCACAAAAGUGAGGGGUGCAGUCCUGUUUAGUAAAAAGGGGGAAGAAUCUUUAGAACUCUCUUUCCCCCACUGCCUAAAUUCCACCUUGCCCAUGUGUCCUUUAUAUAAGCCUUAUCCCCAUAUACUCUAGUGAGGCUAUGGCUGCUUCAGUGGGCUAUUUACUGUGGAGUGCAAGAGGAACGUUCUUUUUUUAGAUAAGGAAACCCGGAUCCGGCCAGUUGCAUUGGGAGAUGUUGAGCUGCUCCAUGAUCUUGGGUAGGGUGGGGGACGUAAAUCCACCCAAGCGUUGUAGGACCAGGAGUACAAGUCAGAGCUGUAGGAACCCAGAAUAGGGACAUUCUACCAGUUCCUGGCAAAUCCACAGCUGCUGGUGUCUGAUCCGCACCCAGCAAUGCACAUCCUUGACCGGUAGAACUGGAGAAGG